AUGAAUCACGAUCCAUUCCAAUGGGGAAGACCCCGUGAUGAUGUUUACGGCACCUACAACCAAUCCAUUGCCAAAUGCAGCAAUUCUGUUGAGUUUCCUUCAAUGCACACACAACAGCCGAUCAUCACCGGAACGUCAGUUUUGGGGCUCAAGUUCAAAAACGGCAUUGUCAUUGCCGCCGACCACAUGGGUUCGUACGGGUCGCUUCUCAGAUUCAACAACAUCGAGCGUUUGAUUCGGGUGGGAUCUGAGACGGUGGUGGGGAUUUCCGGCGACAUUUCGGACUUGCAGCACAUUGAACGCCUCUUGCACCAGUUGGAGACAGAGGAAGAGGUGUACGACAACACGGGCGCCAAGUUGCGUGCCCCACACAUCCACGAGUACUUGACUCGUGUUUUGUACAACCGCAGACUGAAGAUGGAUCCGUUGUGGAACGCGGUGAUUGUUGCUGGGUUCAACGACGACAGAAGCCCAUUCAUCCGCUACGUGGAUCUUUUGGGCGUUGCCUACGGCGCGCUGGCGCUUGCCACCGGGUUUGGAGCGCACUUGGCCAUUCCCUUGUUGAGACAGCUUGUUCCUUAUGACGAAGACUAUGUCAAAGUGACCGAGGAGGAGGCCCGUGAGGCCAUUGUGAACUCGAUGCGUGUGUUGUACUACAGAGACGCCAGAGCCUCGGACAAGUACACAUUGGCCACAUUGACGUUUGAGGACGGGAAAGUGCAGGUGAAGUUUGCCGAGGACAUGCAGGUGGAGAACCAGAGCUGGAAGUUUGCGGAAAAGGUGAUUGGCUAUGGAAGCAAGCAGCUAUAG